AAUUCAAAUUGGUACCACUUGAUUUGUUUUAAAAUGUAGUUUCAUAAUAUAACAAUAUUAUGCUAUAUAUUUGUUUAAAUUUAAAAAAUUAAAGGCAAAAGCUAGAAGUGAACUUAUUUGAGGACGACGGAGGGAGUACAUUGUUUAGCAUAAGAUUCUCUUUAAAAUAAAGCAAUUAGUUGGAUCAUGUCCCGUAAAAUGCCACUAACUCAACGUCCUAAAAUAUGUUAGGGCACGUACAAUGGGGUUUAAUAUGUUAGGACACGUACAAUGGGGUGAUGUCAGCCUUCCCUUAGAGGUGCCACAUUAGAUUUUUUGCUUAGUUAAAGGAGAGAGAAUGAAGGGAGAGAAGGUUGUCUUCCCUUAGCUAAGAGAUCAUCCUUAAAAAAUAAGGGAAGAUAUUUUCUCCAUUGUACGACAUGUCUUCCCUUAGCAACAUAGUUUCCUACCAAUAUUAAUUGAUUACCAUUGAUUGCUAGAGAAGGCCAUUGUAUGACUUAUAUCUAUUGUCAUCUCUAGAUGAUGUGAUGGCAUAACAGAAGGCAUGCCUUCUCUACCGUUGUACAUGUCCUUAGGACACGGAAAUGGGGUGAUGUCAGUCUUCUCUUAGAGAUGCCACAUCAGACUUUUGCUUAGUUGGAGGAGAGAGAAUGAAGAGAGAGAAUGUUGUCUUCCCUUAGCUAAGGGAUCAUCUCUUACGAAAUAAGGAAGACUAUUUUCUCCAUUAUAUCACAUAUGUCGUCCCUUAGCAACAAAUUUUCUACCAAAAUUUAAUUAUUAAUAUUAAUUGCUAGAGAUGGCAGUAAGAGAUACUGUAAUGCGUUCUAUGACUUAUAUCUAAUGCCAUCUCUAGCUGAUGUGGCGGAGUAAGAAAAGACAUGUCUUCUCUACCAUUGUACAUGCACCCUCCAUGGACAUAGAUUGGUUCCAUGUAUCACUGGUUUGUUUUCGAAUCCAUUCUUUUUUAGGUAUACUAUCUUGCCUCGAGAAAGGAGCUCGCAACAAAACGAGAGCUUUUUGAUAGCCCGUUCACUCGACUACCACGCUUAGUUAGUCUGUUUGCAGGGAUGGGAAUGGCGUAGUCUGUUUGCCCUUCUUCGUAAGUAGCUGGACUUGGAUCUUCGUAAGCAACUGGAACUAUAAAAAGUCAAUGUCAAUUGGCCUUCUAAAGGCUAUAGCCCUGUUUCUUUUGAAAAAACGAAUUUCUAGUUUCGAAGAAGACAGGCCUCAAGAAAGCCACUCCGCCUAAAGAGUCCUAUUCCUAUCCGGUCUACAUUCACUAUUCUUCAUAGGCACUGCGCUGGGUCGGUAGGUUGUUGUUUUUACUUUUUGAUUCUUGCUUUAAUCCAGUCGCUCGAUAGGACUUCCCGUAACCCGAAAAGGUUGGUUCUUCCCCUACAACCCCUACCCCUCCAAGGCAGUACUCUUCAUCGGCAAAUCCGAAUGUCUCGAUCCGAGUUGAGACCCACCUACAGAAAUUGAUCCAUCAACGGCUCCUACAUUACUAUGUAAACAAAUCUGAGUCAUUUAAUUAGUGGAUGGAGAGAGUAAAGUAAUUACAAACUCAGAAUAUUUGGAGAAGUCCACAUAAACUUUGGCCUUCCCUUCUUUGGCCUUCUCUUAUUGUCAGGAGAAGCAAACAAAUAUUAGACGUAUGUCAUUUGUGCAUGUACGUUACUUGACGCAGUUUCUUUCUAAAUGUAUGCCUGGAACAAGAGAAUAGAAGGUUAAAGUUAAGAACCAAAAAGAAGAUUAAAGUUAAUGUGUGGUUUGAUUGUUAGGAGGACAACUGCAGCCCCAUCCACCAGAAUUUAAACAUUAAGUUUGAUAUUUUGCUAUCUUAUAAAAGCGAAAUAUUUUUCAUCGGAAGACAACGUUCCUCUUGAUAGGAAGCCAUUUGAGGUGCUCCCUAUAAAAGGUGUGCGUACGUUCAUAGAGGUGAGUAUAUGUGCUUAUUUGUGAGCGUCUUCGUUGCAAAAGAAAAAAGUCAGAGUUGAUACAGUUUCUUCCUAAAUUCAACAUAUUCCAUGCAGUUGAGAUGGAAAAAAAAAGAGAUGUACAUCUACGCACAUAUUCCCAUAUAUUAUGUCUUGUAUGCCUGGAAUGCGUUGGAUCCAGAGAGGCCACGACAAUAGUGUUCGAAUUGACAGAUGCAUUUGUAAACAGCAGUAAGCUAAUCAUCGCCAAGCCACGUCUCUUUUGUAUACGCUGAUUAGCGGCAAUGAUAAUGCGUUCUCUCUCCUGAAUUUUCCUAGCGCACCAUCAUCCCCAUUUGUUUCCGUUUCUUUCCCUUGCACGGUUUCAUUCGUGCCUCCUCCAGCCUCGGCCUCCUCUCCCCAACCAUGGACAUGCCUACGCGGAGGACCCGCGGCCGUUGCACUGUCUGCAAACCCGGGAGCUCCGCCGCCUGCAACGCGUGUUGCGUCGUGUGUCCCGCACAGGCUCCUGGCGAUGGUGAGCUGUCUGCCACUGCCGGUGCCGCGUUUCUCCCGCACCAUGGGAGCUCCAGAGAGAUGGCGCUCGCUUUGUCAGUCAUCGAUGAGGAUGGCGGCUCGAACCAAUUAAAUUCUGAGAUGGAUAACAAGAUUAUUAAAGUCAUGACAUACAAUGUAUGGUUUCGGGAGGAUCUGGAACUGAGCAGAAGGAUGGAAGCUCUUGGAGAUCUUAUUCACCACCACAACCCAGAUCUUAUAUGUUUCCAGGAGAUUACACCAAACAUAUAUCAGCUUCUCCAAAAAUCUGGCUGGUGGCGAGACUACAAAUGCUCGCUAUCAGAUAAGAUAGACAUGUACAUGGAGAGGCGAUAUUUCUGCAUGCAGAUGAGCAAAUUGGAUGUGAAUUCUUUUGACUCCAUCCCAUUUGGUAACUCAGUAAUGGAAAGGGAGCUGUGCAAGGCAGACACCAACGUUGGAGGCGUGACCAAGCUGGUGCUGGCUACAAGCCACCUAGAGAGCCCAUGUGGUCGAGAUCAGAUGUACAGCAAGGAGCGAGCAGCUCAGGCGACUGAGUCCGUGAGGAUUUUGGACAGCUUCCGCAAUGUAAUAUUCUGCGGAGACAUGAACUGGGUCGCUGGGGACGGGCAGUUCCCUCUGCCAAGCGGCUGGGUUGAUGCCUGGGAUGAGUUGAAGCCAGGUGAAGAUGGCUGGACCUACGAUACGGAAGCUAACGGCAUGAUAUCAGGCGACCCCAGGAUGCAGGGGAGAGUAGAUCGGUUCGUGUGUAAGCUGCCAGAUUUCAAGAUCCAGGCCAUCGAGAUGAUUGGGAAGGAGGCCAUACCUGGACUAUCGUACUCGAUAGAGAAGAAACUCCGCAAGGGGAUCCGCAAGCUGGAAUUACCGGUAUUACCUAGUGACCACUUCGGGCUUGUUUUGAGCAUUACCCACGCUGCACCAUCGUGUAGAAGUGAAUUCGUAGCCCAGGGGAAAGUUUCUAACCCUGAUAGUAUGAAGAAGACAACUGUGCUACAUUAUUUAACUACAUUAUUUUGUGGUCGUGCACUAUGAAGAAGAACGUUUCAGGGCACACAUGCAUUGGAGUGAUAGGUGAUGGUACUGAUUUAUUCUAGAAUUCUGUGUGGCCUUCCACCCCCUUGAAGAAUGUAUUACACUAUUUUAUUCCACUACCAUCAGCUUUCAGCUUA